AUGUGGGUACCAGGUGGGCGAAAUGAUCCGAAUCAUAUUUCGGAGCUCAGAGAAAAGUGUUGGCAAGGUUGUUCCAAGCCCGCCGGGCGCGUUGCAAGUCCAAUGUCCGCCCACACAGCGUUUCGUCUCGCUGCCCGCCCUUUGCAGCGAGGGGCGUUUAUCAAUCAAUUGGUAGCCAUUUCGGCUCGAAAACAACUGUCGAAUCGCCCGUCAAUAUGUCUGGGUUGCAGUAUUCCCGCUCACCCCGGGACCGGCCCCGGCCCAGUCCGACUCUUCUCGACUGCCCCUCCACCACCACGACAGCCACCGCCGCCGCCGCCAGAACCAACUCCUGAAGAUAACAGCACCGAACCGAAACCGGAACUGGCCACCCCGGGAGACUCUCCAUCAGAAACAUCACCAACACCGCCCAUACAAUCCGAACAAUCACCCAAGCCCAAGCCCGAACAGAGCCCCGCUUCCACCACCACCACCACCUCCGAACCACCCUCACCAAAGGAGCCAUGUCCAGAACAGCCGCCUCAAGAACAACCCCCCAAACCCGACUCCCCCACCAGCCCUCCUCCCCCACAACCCGAACCCCCCUCCCAAGACCCCUCCCUCCCCUCCUUCACCGAAACCCACCGCCACCCGCUCUCCGCCCGCUUCAGCACCAUGAUGGACAACCUCCAAUCGCGCGCCGUGACCGCCACCCAAACCAUCAACGACCUGACCGGCUACACCUCAAUCGAAGCGAUCAAAGCGCGCAACACGCAACUCGAAGCCGAGCACGCCGCGGCCCAACAGCGCCUGCACACCGCGCGGGACAGCUACAAAUCGCUCACCUCGAACGCGCCUCCACCCAGCGUGAGCGCCCACCACGAUGUUCGCCUAGACCACGAGAUCGAGACCGAGGUCGGCGCCGCCGCGGAGGAGCUCACCGUCGCUGAGAAGGACGAGUCCCGCCUGACCACAGAGCUCACGCGGGGAUCCUCAAGCGCUACCACGAGGAGCAGAUCUGGAGCGACCGGCAUCCGCCGCCAGUCAACCUGGGGUACGUGGGGCCUGGAUGGGGGUCAAUAUCUUGCUGUUUUUGGGGCUGCAGUGAGGAGGGAGUUGGCGGAGGUCAGGGCUGCGUUGGAGAGGGGUGGGUUGAGGGAGCAGGAGGAGGUGGAGGUACACGCUGGGAUGGCGGCUGUUGGUGCGGGUGUUGCUGAUGCUGUUGAUACUGCUGCUGCUGCUCCUCCGUGGGCUGAUGAGGCUGCUGCUGCUGCUGGCGGGGACCAUGACUUUGAUGCAUCGUCUGCGAACGAGGUUGGGAGCGGCGCUGCCGCCGCUGCUACCGCCCCUACGGCGACGGCACCGGUGGAAGCCGAGGAGUGGAAUGCCCCGAGCCGGCCGUGGAAGGAGCUGCUUAUGGACUUUUGGGAGGACCCAGAGCUGAUCUGGGAGGCUGUGUUGGACUUGUCCAGCGACCGGAGGAUAGACUUGCGGAUGCGUGAUGCGUCGCUCAUCGCCCUGCAAAGCGCAGCAGCUGGGGCGGCCGUGGCCGCGGUGGUUGUGUUCUCGAUACUGCGCAACGCAUGA